CCUUCCUCUCCCCCCCCCCAACGUUACGUAAACCCAUAAUCCCAUAAUCCCACGAGCCAACAAGACUUAGCACUUCUUGGCCGUGGAGCCGCGCCUCUCCGGCCGAGCCUCGCCAUUCGCCGGACCACUCGAUUGGCCAAUCGAACAUGCCAACACCGAGCUGAUCGUGAGCUUGGCGUUGAGCUGCCCGCGCCUUGGCAUCACCCGACUAACACCUCUCUUUUGCUCUCUCUUCCUCUCUCUCGCAGGGUUAUGGACUCUCAAGAGUCGCUUCCCGGAAAUCCUGUCGUGACCGACAUGACGAACUCCACUGGGGCAAUAUUGGAACUUUUCAUCCCCCCGCCUCUCUCUAUUCCUCAUCAAAGAAGCUUGCUUACACGUCCAAGCGAAGAGGGGAACGAGUGUGACCAGGGGAGGGGAGGAAGGGGAAAGGACGACGGUUAGAGUUGGAGGUGAUAUCCGGCCGAUGGCCGCAGAAGCACGAGGAAAAAAGUCUCCCCAGCCAGUGAGCAGCAGGACCAGCGCGGGAUGGGGGACCAUGCCCGAUCAACGCACACGACCGGGCUAGGAUGGAAAGGAUGCGCUUGCCUGCGGACGUGAGGAACGAAGAAGGCGACCCAAAGGUGCCCACGCAGGCUCUGCAAGGCAUGGCUAGCAGAGUCUUGGCCCGAGCAGCUGGGCUCGACGAGGCUUGUGAAGGGGACCUCCAUUGGAGAACCCGAGGAGAUGGGACCCCUCGAACUCGAAGAGAGAAGAGAGAAAAAUGUGGCAACCCGCGUCGGCAUCUCGCAGCUAUAAAAGACCUUUGCAUGCCCUCGCCAUGAUGGACAUCUUGUUUCUAAGCUCCAAGCUCCCCCAGUUCUCCCAGCUCAAGCUCAACCCGUUCGCAGCAGCAGCAGCAUCAACAUCAAGCAGUUCAUCUCAAUAUCAAGCUUCACUAGGAAACCCUUUCCCUUCCAACUCCCCUUUCAGUCAAGAUGAUGUACGGCUUCGCCACCGCGGCCCUGCUGCUCUCCGCCCUCACGGACGCGACCCCCCUCGCCCGCCGCCAGGCCUCCGAGACCGUCUCCGUCCCCGCUGCCGCCACCCCGACGCCGCAGGCCCCCUACGACUGGUCCGCCGGCUGGCAGAAGACGUUCCCCAUCCACCAGUCCUGCAACGUCACCCUCCGCGCCCAGCUCGAGGUCGCCCUCGCCGAGACCCAGCAGCUCGCCGCCCACGCCCGUGACCACAUCCUCCGCUUCGGCAACUCGUCGGAGCACGUCCGCAAGUACUUCGGCAACGCCUCCACCUCCACCCCCAUCGGCUGGUACGACCGCGUCGUCAACGCCGACAAGACCGGCAUGACCUUCCGCUGCGACGACCCGGACCGCAACUGCGCCACCCAGGAGGGCUGGGCCGGCCACUGGCGCGGCUCCAACGCCACCCAGGAGACCGUCAUCUGCCCGCUCUCCUUCGCCAUCCGCCGCCCGCUCUCUUCCGUCUGCGGCCUCGGCUACAACGUCGCCAACUCCAAGCUCAACACCUUCUGGGCCACCGACCUCCUCCACCGCGCCUUCCACGUGCCCCUCAUCUCCGAGGGCGUCGUCGAGCACUACGCCGAGGACUACGCCGAGGCCCUCGACCUCGCCAAGAACAACGCCUCCCUCUCCGUCGUCGACAGCGACGCCCUGCAGUACUUCGCCAUCGACGUCUGGGCCUACGACAUCGCCGCCCCUGGCGUCGGCUGCUCCGGCGAGCUCGAGGAGGAGGAGGAGCCCACCCCGACCACCACCACCGCUGCCGGCUCCGCUGCCACCACCGCCGCCGCCACCUCCAGCGCGCCCCAGGAGUGCCACACCCACGCCGACGGUGUCCUUCACUGCGUCUAAGGUUGAUGUGUUGUCCUCCCCCCCGUU